AUGCUCAUCAAGGUCCGCACCCUCACCGGCAAGGAGAUUGAGCUGGAUAUCGAGUCCGACUACAAGGUCUCUCAGAUCAAGGAAAAGGUCGAGGAAAAGGAGGGCAUCCCGCCGGUUCAGCAGCGUCUGAUUUACGGAGGCAAGCAAAUGGUCGACGACAAGACGGCAAGCGAGUACGAGCUCGAGGGCGGCGCAACGCUUCACUUGGUCCUGGCGCUCCGUGGUGGUCAAUAG